CAUCAACAAGCGUAGCCUUGAUUUAACUGUUUUAACUCCUGGAAAUGGUUUGUUUACAUAAUUUUCUGUUGCUUUAUUACUUAUCAAUUGAAUGUUGUUUUGCAGUGAUUUAAGAGUGUGGCAAAUAGAAAACGUUUCAUUGUAUUCAGUUAUUUUAAACUCGGUGGAAGUGUAGUAUAAUCGACAAUAUUUACGUGGAACUAUUUUAUGGUGGCGCAUGUUUUUGUAAAAGCACCCAAACAAAACGAGCACACGAGGAGUAGUAAAUUGAUGAGGUUGAUAUACUGUUUCAUUCCUACCGAUCGCCCCACGUUUCACGUUCUCGUAGUUACGUAGGUAUUAUUCCAGACUAAAAGACUUAUAAUCACUUUUAGUUAUAUUGUUUAUUAAAUUCGUUGUGGAAAAAAUCUAGUGUGUACAGGAGUAUUGAAACGAAGAGUAAGAAUUGAAGAAAUGCCUUCAGCAGAAAUGUGUAAUAUGACGUCCACUGGUUCUAAAUUCAGUAUUUCCUCCAAAGAUAUUGAAGGCCUCGUUUUAGAAAUUAAGGAAAAUCUUCGAUUAUCUGCAGCUUCGGGAACCAUACAGUACAAGGCUAUACCUCGCAGUAUUUCUAGAAAAUCGUCUAGGGCUUCGCCGUAUAACAGGCCCCCAAAAUGCUGUGAUAGACGGUGUUGUGACUCAAAUUGUAUCGGUAAACAUAAAAUCCAGGAAGUUGGCAGUGAAGAUCCCUAUGAACUAUUACAAAAAUUUUUAAAGGAUGGAAGUUUAGUUAGUGAAGCUGUAAAAAGGGUACAAUUAGGACUUACAACAAAACAAUUUUAUUACGAUUCAGACGACGAGUGUAGAACGCCAGUUUUCCGAUUUAUAUCUCAAGAGAAUUAAUCCCAAAAUUAGGAGAUCAUUUAACUAUUUUCGAUUUUAAUGUUCCUUUAAUGACAUCCAAAUUUGAGAAGUUACAUCAGCAAAGGAAGAACUAGUAGAAAGUUCAAAUUACAUUACAUGAACUGGUAUCAUCUGAUGGUGAAGAUGGAAACGUUUGCUUGAAUUCUUUCUUUCAAAACAUGAUACAUGUGUUUUAAAUGGAAUAUAUUUGGCAAAGGUAAUUAUCUUGUUCUGGACACUUCUUAAAAUAACUAGGAUUAUACGCUUAACUCGAAUCUAUUGCUAAUACGCUUAACUAUUUCAAUUUGUAUAAAUUUAAAUGAUAAGAUCUGUGAUUCAAAAUCAAGUUUCAUUAUAUGAAUGUUGAGUCAAAUUUGUGAUUAUUUGUUUAUUGACUUAUGAAUGGCAUAGUGAAUGAUACUGUUUUUUAAACAAGAAUGUAAUGUAGAGAAGAAUGUGUCUUACUCAUUUCUAGAUUAAAUAUUAGAUUUUUUUUUACUUUUACUUAAAUUUAAUUAGAAAACAACAUCGUUUAUAUCCAAUCUGGAAAUAUACAGUUGUAUACCAAAAUAUAUUUUGACUAGUUAAAAUAUUUUGAUAUCGAAAUUUUCUUAUAGAUAAUGAUGUUGGUUUAUCUAGCUGCAUAUUUAUUUGCACUGUGUUUACUGUUACGGCACCAUAAGUGGAAGGGAAUAAUCUAAAUUAGGUACCUAAUCUAAAAAAUAUACCUAGUGUCACCAUUAAAAUUCUCAUCAUAUGGGACUUUUUAGUAUUAUUUAAUUCAUGCAGAUUUAGAUUGUAUGAACAGUUUUUCUUCGCAAAUAAUAAAAAAUUACAUUUUUCUAUCGAUUGGCUAUAGCUGUCAAAUUUGACAUGUUUUCAAAAUACAAUAAAUAGGUUAUUUCUCAAAAUGUUAAAUUAAAUAGUUGUUUCUUUUUUGGUUUUCCACCCACCAACCAAAUUUAAAUAAUAAUAAACAACUUUGAUUUUUUUCACAUUUUCUUAAAAAGUUUUAUGGGUUAUUCGAAUUUCUAAUAUCCAAAAAGACCAGUUAAAUUGUAAUAAAAAAAUACAAAUAUGCUGAAUAAUUCCAACAUUAUGCAAUAUUGAAUUAAGAGACAAAAUAAAAAAACCUAAUAAAUAAUAAUAAUAAUUUCCAACAGUUUCCCUUUAACAAUAUAAAAUUAAACUAAGAAAAUAAAUAGUAAAAAAUUAAUAGGAAUUCAAAGAUAAGCUCUUGAUUUGUUUUUUAAUUCACAUACACUGCAACAGAAAAUAUCACAAAUAUCUGAUAGUUUGUUUGUAUUACUACACAUUAAGGUAAUUGGUGCUUUUGACAACAAAUUAGUUUGAGCUCAGUUACUUAAAAAUGUAAUAUGUCUAGAGGUUAUCCUAGGUACAAAAAAAUUAUUUGAGAGAGCAACAAAGCACAGUCAAUUUCACCAUUAAACAAUUUAUGCAAGAACAAAACAGAUCCCUGAUUUCUAUGUGUUUCCAAUGAUACAAAAUCAAAUUGGUGUAGUAAAUCUAGGUAGUUACAACCUCUUGGAGGAUAAAAUCCAUUUAAUUUAAAACUUAAGGAUUUCUUUAGAAUUUUCUCAAUAAUGUCUGAAUAAUGAAUGUAUAUAGGAUGCCAUAUUAUUGAUAAAUAUUCUAUUUUGUUCUAACUAAGCUAAAAUAUAGGGAUGUUAAUGCCAAGAUACUAUUGAAAUUCUUACAAUUCCAGAUUAUAUAACCAUAUGCAGGAUACGCUGAAUUCACAAAGAGUUAAAAGUGGUAGUUAAAAGUAACUUGAUAAUCAAAGUGAACACCCAAAUCUUUAAUAAUGUUUGUUCUUUCCAAAAUAAUAUUAAUGGAAUAAGGAAAAUUCAGAGAAAUAUGUUUGCGGCUAUAAGUCACAAUUUUACAUUUAGAAAUAUUUAAAAAGAGGCGAUUUCUGUGACACCAUUCCUGCAAUAGGUUAAUUUGAUUUUGCAAUGUUAAACAAUUAGCUGUACUAGAGAUACUAGUAUAUAAUUUUAAGUCAUCUACAAACAUUAACCUAUUGUAUUCAAGCAAGUCACACAAAUCGUUAAUGAAUAUUAACGUGGCCCUAAAUUGGACCCUUGAGGAACUCCACUAGUUAAAGUAAAGUAAUUAGAAUUAAAUCCAUUAUAAAAAACAUAUUAUUUGCGCUUAGUUAAAUAUGAUUUAAGAAGAACAUAAGUAAUAUCAAAACAUAAACUAGAAAGCUUCUACAGAAUUAUUUGGUGACUGAUUUUAUUAAAGGCCUUAGAAAAAUCGGUAUAUACUGCAUCAACCUGUCCUCUACUAUCUAAUGAUUCACAGAGAUGCCAUCCUUUAAUAAUCAUUGAAUUCCCUAUUUUACUGAACAAAGUUCUGAGUUAUUAACUAUGACUUUGGGCCAAUUUAACAAAAUUAAAAAGCUUUUUAUUCCUGUUUCUUGGAAACACGUAAAUGUCGCUUAAUUCACAAUUACAUAAUGGGAUCUAUUUUACUCAUAAUCUUUUAGUAAUCUGUGGAUUUAAACCCUUCAAAACAGCCGAGAAGCGACUUAUUGUUUACUUGCUAGCAGGGAAAAUAAACUUUUCCAACUAGCAUGUGUCACUUUUCCUGCUAGCAAAUGCCAUAUGGUAGGUAUAUGCUUCAUAAGUGUUUUCGUUUCUCUUCCUGCUUUGUUCCAGAAUCAUGCCAUAUAUAGCUUUUUGCAGCGCUCACAGUUCUGUUGGAGUACAUUCAAAUGAUUGUCUGGCAUAUUUGUAAAUAAAUAAAGACAAUUUUAUUAUUAAAACUGCCUUUCAAGAUAUAUGGCAAAAUAAUUAUUAAAUUGUCAGAUUCCACUAACUCUCACAGCUAUCUUCCUUAGACAUUUUUAUCUGCCUAUCAAUGUAGGUACAAAUCGAAAUUUUGAUAAAUAUCCUAGCUUAUUAUAUUGUUUUAUAUAUAUCAAAUUUGACAGGUAAGUAUAGUCAAUCGACAGAAAAAAUUCUCAACGUAAUUUUUCAUUAUUUUCGAAUCAAAAAUUGUUCAUGAACUCUUAAAUUUUCAUAAACUAAAUAAUAAAAAAGAUCAGUUUACGUGCGCACAGCAUUUGCCGAAAUCCAAACGUUUUUCCUACCUUUUACGGUACCGUAAGCUUAGGCAUAUCCAUUUUUAUAAAUUAAAUUUUUUAAUCUAUUUAGACAAUUUUAUUUUAAUAAAAAUAUAAAAUUUUAUAGGUUACAAGUUUUAAAUUGAUUGUUAUUGUUUCAACUAGCCAGAUUGUAUUUUAGGUCAUAGAAUUAGCAGGUCAUCUGUUCAAUAUUAUUUCUUUACAUACAUAUAAGGCAAGGACAAGCUCAGUUAAGGUUAAAUUCAUUACAGUAAAAAUAUAAUAGUUAAACUACAAUGUUGUCAUCUAAUAAAACUCCUCAGUACACAGAUAAAUAAUAUAAAAACAUUUGUUACUAUGUAUAAGGUUUAAAAAGACGACUUUUAUUAGUAUCUAAACAGAUUACAAUUGUGUAGAAUUAUCAGACUGGAAUUUUUUAUCUCUAAUAAGUAAUUUAAACACAAUUUUAAAAUCUUUCAUGCCACUUAACCCAUUUCUGUCUUAUAUAGGUAUUCUAGAUUUAUAGGGUCUACCUACUAUCUUUAAACACAAAAUAUUGGAUUUAAAAAUUCAUUGUUAUUAUAAGAAUCUAGAAACUACACAAUUAAAAGCUUCAUUCAAAUUGGUUGGUUACAUUAAAAAUUUUAGCAAUAUACAAAUAAAUGAAUCAAUUAAAAUUUAAUUCACAGUUAAGUCUCGAAUUUUGAUUCCCACAUAAUAUUUUAAAUUCUAAUAGGUUUCCCUAUCUAAUAUUAUACUUGUAUUAUUAGCAUCAAGGUAUUUCCGUGAUGAAAUAAAAAUAUCAGAAGUUAUAAUAAAAAUUGUCAAUAUAAAAAUGUUUUUCAUCGCCAAAAUUUAUGUGAAUUGUAGGUUGUGAGUCGCAUUAAAUAACUAGUUUUAUAUGUAAAAACAACUUUUAUUCUAUAAUUUGUUAUUGAUAAAUAAUGUAUAUUUUCCACACUUUUAACGGAAAUUAACAUUUUUGUAAAACUAAGCAGUUCUAUUAAUUAAAACUAGUAUUAAUCAUUUUAUUGCAUUAGUUUUCUACAAUCAAACAUCGAACUUGCAUUAUAUUUAUUUUAAUGAAAGUUUUUUUGAUAUGAUACCUCCUAAAAACCAACUUUCACACACUACGAUUUCUGCAAUUUUAAUGUGUUAAUGCAUUAGCACUUUUUCACAUAGCCACAUUGUUUGCUAAUUCAGUAGACAUUCAUUUAGUUAAUACAUUUUUACAGGGGAAAGUUGUAUAUUUUUGUUAAAAAUUGGGUUUAACUAUCUACAAAAUAGCGAUAACAAAAAUGAAUACAUUUGAAUGUGCAUUGAACUCUUUGUUUUCUACGGCAUUUUAUUAACGGUGUCUAAACUUAUUUCAUUAAAAUUAAUUCACUGCUAUCUAAAUAAUAUAUUCCCUUUAUGCCCCUAAUUCAGCACGGGAAUAGUCCCAACGUGUAUAACGAUUUAGUAAGAAUGUGAGUGGAUGUUUCAUCUUCCUCCUCACAGAAUUUGCACUCGCUAUCUUCUACUAGAACUGCAGGAUUGGGCAAUAUUUUAUUUAAAAAAUCACAAUUUUUUGUUUUUAUUUAUAAUUAUAAUUGUGUAGUGUAUGAGGAUUUUUGUGCGUUACAUUUUACAUCUAAUCAAUUCCAAUAAUUUAGUGAUUUUCCGUGUCGCUCUAUGGCGACUUAUAGGCGAGGAAAACCCCAUCCACAAUCACACUGCGAUUUUUAAUCUGGAUGUGAUAUCAACCAAAAUUAAAUUACUGCUAAUACGACACCCUUCAAAUCCUACAACGAAUCAUGCAAGUUAAUUAAACAACAUGGUAUAGGCUAGGAUUUGAAGCAGAGUGUCGCUGAACCACUAAAAGGCCCGUAAAUGAAUACCGGCCACUCGACACAUUGCGCUACCGAUCUAUCUGCCUUAAUACGUUUGAAAGGGAACCACCGAACCUUUUAAGUCAUGGUUAAAGCUAUGUCUAAUUAUACUACCACAACUGUACCUUUUUUACAAGACUUGCUUUGAAAAAUAGUACAAUUUGAAUGAAAUAACAGCAUGUGCAUUGAAAAUUCCUGUAGCGAGUAUUAUUUGUAUGGUCGCGACUUGUUUCUUCUUUCUUGUCUGUUUUUAAAAGUAUUAAAAGUCGGCGAGGAAAACAAAAAGGAGAUUGAUGCUACCAUCUAUCAAAAGGUCUCCAACAUUGGGAUUAAUCAUGCGUGCAAUGCAUAUUUAAAAAUUCUCAAGCUCUUGAUAAUUUGCAAAGAAAAGAUGCUACUACUAUUUCAGAAUUGCAUUUACAGAAACAUCACAAAUUUGAACUGUGAACUACAAGUUAACGCCCGAGGAAAAGAGGUUUUAGACACAAAAUGAAACACUGGCUUGCUACCAUUAGCAAUACAUUUUAAUGCCUAUUGCAGCAGUUAUGUUUUAAGAAGAAAUAAUAAAAAAUGUAAAAGGAAUAAUUCAAUGGUAGUUUUCACAAAGGACCUGAUAUCGCAAAACAGCUACCGAUAAUAAAAUAACUCUGUCCAGAAGUAACUUAGUCCCAAGAGCUGAUUUCAAUUCUUCUAUUUUCUAAUUAUUUUUGAAUCGUUCCUAAUAUUGUUACUGCUGAUACCACAAAACGGGUUCAUAUAUUUAGGUUAAUAUCUGAGAAAUGCUUUUCUCUGCUCUGUAUAUUAGUCCUUCCUGUUAACAAAAAGAAGACUAGACUAGAGGAUGUUUUGAAACAAUUUUCUGUUUUACUAAAGUACCAAUAUUGAUGAUAAUCUAAUAAAUGUGACAAUUAUUUUUUAUUGCAAGGGGAGAAUUUUUAUGAUGGCUUUAGAUAUACACAAAAAUUGUUGAUAACAUUAUCACAUAAUUAAGUCUGUUAAUAGUUGCCAUUGUUUUAAAAUUCGGAACACGCACAUGUUUUGCUAAAAAUAACAUUUUGAAUAUGAUUAAGAUUUGUGAUUAGCAAAUAUUUGAAACGCUGGUGUUCAAGGACUCACUUUUUUCGUUGCGUAGAUUGAAUAGAAAAAUAUACAUACUUAAAAGUUUUCUGUAAACUGUUUUGCAUACACUGUUGGUUGAUUAUUUUCGACCAAAAAAAAGAGCAUUGAAUAAUUGAACUAUGUAAUCCAAAUAUGAUGAUUCAUUCAACGUUUAGAAUCAUUCAUUAUUCAGGAAGUUAUUUUUUCAUUAAAAUUUCUUUAAAUGUCUAAUCAGUACUUUUUACUAACUUCAAAUCACUAUAAAAAUAGAAAUUCACUUCUUCAUUCUAAAUUUCCAUAAAUUAAAUAGGAUUCUAGAAUUUAACCGUUUCCUAACAAAACCUCAUGUCCGAACUAGGUACGUUCAGAAAAAUUAACAUUUCAGUAAGGUUAUUGACCAUAUUUUUAAUGUUUUGAUUAUUUUGUUAUGGUAGCAUGGAAAAAUAAUUGCGGCAAAACAGUGAUGACUACUGUUGUUAAUAUUUAACAACAAUGUAAUUACUUAAUGAUUCAUUGAAAUUUUUAUUUGCAUAAAUAUAAGACAUUAUAAUGUCUUUCAAAGCAUCCGGUACAGGUUGACGUCUUUGCCAAUUAUUAGAGUGUAUCUCAACAAAUAUUCAAAAGAUGUGGAUAAAACUAUGUGAUUUAUUCCAAGCUAAUGUAAAAAGGAAAUUGUAAUGCCACUGAUGACGUUAUCAAAGUGGAAUGGUUGCAAUUUUGCAGAAAUAAUGAAAGUUGAUUUUUAAUAAUGUGGCACUUCCUUGUUUUUUCUUUUAACUUUUUUUACAUAUGUGUUAUGAACGUAAUUAUUUAUUCAAAAGAUCUGUUAUGUCUGACGAGUACAAUGUGUGGGGGACUAAUUUGACCUGGUAGUGUGAAAAAGUUUGUGAGGUUUCGGACGUAAAUAAAAUUACUUUGAAGCAAUUGAAUUACUGUAAAUUAAGUGCGUCAGUUAACAACUUUUGGAGAAUUCUUCAUUUACCAAUUAUAAUUAUAGUAAUUGUAAAGUAACUGAAUUAAAAUAAAAUUUUGAAUUGAAUUCUGUUCACCUCUGUAUUAUUUAUUUUGACCAAAAGGUACACAACAUGCAUUUAUAUAGAAUUGUUUUUAUUUAAAAUUAAUUACCUUAGAAAAAUGUAUACCUAUCUAAUUUGUUUGUUUAAAAUACUUGCCUGUUUAUUUUGAAAGAAUUAAAUAAUAAAUAUUUGUAUUUCGGUAUAAAUUAGUUGUUGACCUGGAUUUUAUAAAGUUUGUCCAGCCUUAUGUGUAUUUUAUUUUAAAUAAACAGCCACCAGUUAUUUUUAGAGGGUUUCCUAAUGAUUUAUUUCUUAAUCAAAUAACUAGAAUACAAAACUUUGCCAUAUUUUUUUGCGUAAAAAACGUUAAGUGAUCAAUGAUUGACACUCUUAGAAUAGGACAUGCAAAUGUGUAGUUAAAAAUAGGUGGUAUUCGACACGACACGUGUAAAAGUUUUUACCAGAAUUUUCGAGCAAAACGUAAUGAAACAUCUUUUUUUAAAUACUUAGUCUACCGUCACUACACAGGCAAUUCUAGAAAUGUUAAGAUCAGUUUAAAAUAGUAACCGUUAUUUGUACAGGGUGAAAAAUGGUUUAAAAAAGGAAUUUUAAAAUUAAACGUCUUUUUGAUCAUACAAAAUGGCUUCCAAAAAAUACAUAUCAUGGCCAAUAUUGUUGCCUUUAAUCUGCAUACAUUUUCUAGAUUUUAUUUUGUCUUGAAUUCUAUUUAAAUUGCUGAUUAGUGUCAACCUUGUCUUUAACAAAACUGCAUAUCCUCAAAAUUGUAAACAUAGUGCAAUAUAAAUAUUUUUGUGGUGUCAAUAAUUGUUCAGAGUAAUUUAAUGCCCGAUAGUCCAACGAAUAUCUGCGCUAGUAGUAAAACAAUGUUUUUUAGCACUUUUUAGUACAGCAAACAGUUAUCUUUAAUUUAAGUAUGUUUUAAAUGUUUAAUAUGCUGAUGGACUUACAAAAUAAUUAAGUAUUACAAUGAUGAUGAAUAGUCAUCAACAAAUAAAUUCUGGCUGUCUUAGUAAUUUUCAAUUAAGAAAAAAUGAAUUGUAGGACACAAGCCUCAUUGUGUUUGCAUUUUUUUAACUAUACAGAUAGAUGUUAAAAAUAAGUAUUGUAUUUUUAAGAAGUGUUUGCUUAAUCUUUUACUAAAUAUUUUGGAAGGUUCUUGAUCAAUUUACGGAAAAAAUGAAUAAAAUAUGUUUUAAAACGCUUGUAGCAAAUUAUCAAGUUCUUAAGUAUUGUUCAGAUGCAAGUAAAAUACUUUCAUUUGGUUUUUCAUGACCGCUAGUUACCUUUUUUACUUCUAAGAUAUAUAAACAGAAUAUUUAGUAAUAGAAUAACAAAUCAUUGUGACGAAUUUUCAUUUUACCUUUAUUUCUAGUGUUCACUUUUUACUUUAUAUAAAUUUAUUAAAAAAAAAAUCACAUUUCUUUACUGAAGUUAUUUCCCUGGUUUUUUCUGAAUUAUUUGUUUGUAAAAAGUGUUACAUUUUUAAUCCAUUUUAUUUUAUUUUAUGGCAUGACGUAUUUUAUUUUACUGCUAAAUGCUUUAGGAAGGAAAUGUGAGAAGGAAAUCGUCAAAAAAUAUUUUAAAACUAAAAUAAUUACCAAUUACUGUUUUAUUUUUGCAUUGUAAUUUUUCUGUUACAAAAUGUGCAAUCAUUUUAUUAACUUGAAAUUUACAAUAUACAAUGUUUUCUAGUUUUGUGAACGUAUUUAAUUAGUAUGUAAAGAUAUUUAUUUGAUUCUGUAUGAGUUUAUUAGUUUUUGUUAUUAUAGUGAAGGUGUUUUAACCCAGCUAUAAUGUAGACACUUUACUGGAGCUCAUGUGAUUGUCUAUUUUCAGACAGACUCAUGUGGUAUUAUUUAUCUAAUAAAGUAUUUGUUAU